AUGGCUUCAGCUGCGGCGUCACUGCACGCGGCCUCGGGCAAUGACCGCUUCAAUGAGGAGGCGGCCAACUGGGACAAGAAUCCAUUCGUCCAUGAAGCUAGCAAAGAAGCAUUGAAGGCGAUCGUAUCCAGGUUCCCGGCUCUGAACCUUCCACCGGCUCCCGACAAAGCUUUAGAUGUGCUGGAACUCGGCUGUGGCACCGGUCUGCUGUCAUGUAUGAUGGCUCCCUACGCCAAACGGAUUGUGGCCGUCGAUGCCGCACCGGGCAUGAUUGAGGUGCUCAAGAAGAAAUUGCAACAGCCGGACGCGCCGCGCAACAUCGUGCCAGUGGCUUGUUUGCUGGAGGACCCGGAGGACAAGCACCUCCCUCCUGCCGACGAGAACAAUCCCGAUGGACCAAGGCUGAAGUUCGACCUUGUCACCUCACAUUUGGUUCUGCACCACAUCCCGGACCUCAGGGGUGUCUUAACCACGAUGCUGGGAUGUCUCAAGGACGGCGGGAGUCUCGCCUUGACCGACUUCGAGGACUGUGGACCCGGAAGCAGUCGAUUCCACCCGCGUUCCAAAAUGGCCGGAGUGGAAAGACAUGGCAUCAAUGCUCAAGCCGUCGAGACCAUGAUGAACGAAAUCGGCUUUGUCAACGUGCGUGUCGAGCGGGCCUUCAGUAUGGACAAGCGGGUGGAAAAGUACGACGGGGAAUUUGGCGACGUUCCUGGCGCGCCUAUCAAGUCGGAUCAAGGCGAGAUCAAAAGCUUUCCUUUCCUGGUUAUCAUGGGCCAAAGGAGGUAUUGUGGAUGA